AUGUUCCCCCUCUCCCCACUCACACUCGUACUCCUCGCACAAACGUUCCUGGUCUUACAUUGGCUGACCACAUAUCUGCGCAACCCGUUGCGUAAGAUUCCCGCCGCGCAUCCUCUGGCGCCGUUUACUUCGGCCUGGAUUUAUUAUAUCCGCCAUCUGGGUAUCGAGAAUGCAACGCUCAAGGCAGCGCAUGAUCGCCUUGGACCUGUUGUUUGUCUGGGGCCGCGCGAGAUCAGUGUGAAUUGCGUCAAGGGCGGGGUGCGGGAUGUGUAUGCUGGGGGGUUUGAAAAGGGGGAUGGGAGGUAUAAUUGGUAUGGAUUUUUUAGGAAUUAUGGAGUUGACAACAUGUUCUCCACGGAGAGGAAUAAGCCGCAUUCGCAGCGCAAAAGGAUGUUGAGCAAUAUUUACAGCAAAUCCUUUGUUACCACGAAUGAAGCCCUCUUGGCCCAGAUGAGCGCCAUCCUCUACAAAAGAUUUCUGCCCCGUCUCGAAGCUACGUUGGCGAAUGACGAAGAAGGAGGGGUGCUCAACAUCUACGCCCUGCUCAGCGGAACGACCAUGGAUAUCGUGACGGCCUACAUCUUCGGUUUACGCGCUAGCUCGAAUCUGCUGGAGAAUGCGGAGCAACGGGCCUGGUUUCUCGACUUGUAUAAUUCACGGCGCUCGUUCAACUUUUGGCCUCAGGAGUUUCCCAAUUUCACGGCGUUUGUGGCCAUGUGGUUUGGCUACCGGUUGGCGCCCAAGUGGGUUGAUGAAGCAAAUGGCGAAAUCGAGAAGUGGACAGCUAGAAUGUGCGAUGAUGCGAGUGAGACGGUGGCGAAUGGGGCGACAAAGCCAGAAGAUCUACCAGUCGUGUAUCAGCAACUUUCAAAGACUCUGUUCAAGGACGUUGAGAAAGGGCGAAUGUCGUCCAAGGAGAUAAUAGCCAGUGAAGUGCUCGAUCAACUCGCUGCAGGCUUCGACACCUCCGGCAUCACACUGGUAUAUGUAGUCCACGAGCUAUCACAGCACAAAGACAUCCAAACCCGACUACGAGCCGAGCUCCUCACUCUCUCACCACAGCUUGUUCCAUCCUCAUCGCCGGCACUGCCAGAUCCCAAAGCCGUAGACGCCCUCCCCUAUCUCCACGCCGUCGUCUGGGAAACACUGCGCCUGCACUCUGCAAUCCCCGGCCCACAACCGCGCGUCACUCCGCCUCAAGGCUGCACACUGGGGCCAGAAGAUGCCACGUAUUUUGUUCCCGGGGGUGUACGUGUCAGCGCAAGUGCGGGGCUCUUGCACCAGAAUGAAGAUGUGUACGAGUGUGCGAGCGAUUGGCGGCCGGAACGGUGGUUGCAUCUCGAUACGCUAGAUGCGGAGAAGAGAAAGGAUAUGGAGAGCCGGUGGUUUUGGGCCUUUGGAAGUGGUGGCCGCAUGUGCGUAGGGAGUCAUUUAGCGGUAUAUCAAAUGAAGUACAUCGUCGCUGCCCUGUACUCCAACUACAGCACGGGUAUCGUGGACGAUACUGGCAUCGAACAGUCAGACGCAUACACUGCGCCACCAAGGGGCGAGAAGCUCAUCAUUCGGCUAGAGAAGGUCGCAAAAUAG